AUGUAUUUUAGUUGGAAUAAGGUGUCCUUUUUAAAGAACCAUGUUACUAUUGCUAGUGGGACACCAAGCAGGAUGAAGAAGUUGAUUGAUAUGGAGGCACUGGGAUUAACACGAUUAGCAGUGAUUAUGCUUGACAUGCAAACUGAUGUUAAGGGUUAUUCCUUAUUCACACUUCCUCAAGUAAGAGAUGAGUUAUGGGACUUGUAUAUGAACGACUUGCACCCACGAUUAGUUCAAGGUGAUCUUCGUAUCUGUCUUUAUGGUCUGAUACCAAUUAGCUCCAAGGUAAACAAGGAAGUUACUAGUGACUGAAUAACAUCAUAUUGAGGUGUAGCUCAAUAGUUGACUUUGUUGUGCAUGUUGGCAUCUAAAUUUUUGUCUGUUGCAAGGAAUUUUGUAGAAGUGAGUUAAUAUUGAGCUUUCCAUUCUAUAUAAUCUGAAUUAUCUUGUUUUAGUA